AUGGAGGUUUACUCGGGAAAGGGGCACGUUCAUGUUGCGCAGGUGGAGGCGCAGGAACCGGUUGAAGAGCAUGAGGAAGGGGAUGAGCCAGAGAGUGCUACUUCUCAGAUUGUGCUCACUUUGAUGAGACCUUUGUUUAAUAGAGGCCAUACGCUCGUGAUGGACAACUUUUAUAACGCGCCACUUUUGUCUCGGAUCCUCAAAGUGAAGCACAAAACAGACUCGAUGGGCACUCUCCGUCUCAACAGGGAGUUUGUUCCAGAAGGUUUAAGAAAAAAGGCGAAAACAAACAUGAAAGCGGGAGAGGUGGCUUUCAGCUCGACCAAGGACUUGUGUGUGGUUGUGUGGAUGGACAAAAACGUGGUUGCAAUGAUCUCCACUUUCCACCAAGUAAAAAUCGGUGGAAUUGAAAAAUAUGGGUACUACAAAUACAAACCCCAAGUAAUACUCGACUACAACCUCUCUAUGGGCGGCAUAGACCAUAAAGACCAAAUGCUACAAGCCUACCCCAUAGAGAGGGUAAGAAAUAUUAUCUGGUACAAAAAACUCUUCCGCCGACUUCUCAACGUGUCAGUACAUAAUUCCUUUGUUAUGUUUAACCACAACCGCACUCAAGUCAUUGGAAAUCGUGAGUUUCGGCUGCAGUUGGCGAAGGAGUUACUGCAAAUGUGCAGACCUGGGGCACUUUCUCGGCCAUUACAACCAGCGGCACCAGCCGCACCAUCGCAGAUGCAUUUGCCUGCAAAAAAUGAGCGACCGCAACGCUGUAAACUGUGCCACGCAGCCAAAGUGCGUCGCACGACGGUGUGGAGAUGUAGCACCUGCGCGGUGAACUUGUGCAUCGAGGGCUGUUACACAGCGUAUCAUAAUAAUUAA